AAUAAAGAUAAAAUUUUUAAAAAGAGUUUUUAAAAAAAAUCAACCUUUUUGUUUGGUUGCCUAUGUAUUUAAGUCUUCACCUGGUGUUUUUUUGUUGUUUUGUUUUUCAGGCCAAAAGGUGUGUUUUGCUGACUACAAACACCCCUGCUACAAAAUGGCCUAUUUCCACGAGCUGUCCAGCCGAGUGAGCUUUCAGGAGGCGCGCCUGGCUUGUGAGAGUGAGGGCGGGGCCCUUCUCAGCCUUGAGAAUGAAGCAGAACAGAAGCUGAUAGAAAGCAUGUUGCAGAACCUGACAAAGCCGGGCACAGGGAUCUCUGACGGUGAUUUCUGGAUAGGCCUUUGGAGAAGUGGAGAGGGCCAAGCAUCUGGUGCCUGCCCGGAUCUCUACAGGUGGUCCGACGGGAGCAGCUCCCAGUACCGAAACUGGUAUACGGACGAACCUUCCUGUGGAAGCGAAAAGUGCGUGGUGAUGUAUCAUCAACCUACGGCCAACCCUGGCCUUGGAGGCCCCUACCUCUACCAGUGGAACGACGACAGGUGCAACAUGAAGCACAAUUACAUCUGCAAGUACGAACCAGAGAUUAAUCCAACAGCUCCUGGAGAAAAGACAUAUUUUACAAACCAACCAGGAGACACCCAUCAAAAUGUGGUUGUUACUGAAGCAGGCAUAAUUCCCAAUCUAAUUUAUGUUGUUAUACCAACAAUCCCACUGCUCCUAUUGAUACUGGUUGCUUUUGGAACCUGCUGUUUCCAGAUGCUGCAUAAAAGUAAAGGAAGAACAAAAACUAGCCCAAACCAGUCCACGUUGUGGAUUUCAAAGAGCACGAGAAAAGAAAGCGGCAUGGAAGUGUAAGGUUUCAUUGAAUUGGCUCCAGAAAACAAUGUUUUCUUCUGUAACUCUGGAUCUGUAUAAGGAAUGGCGUCAGAACCUUAGCUUGGAAUGGCUUGAAUCUCAGAGGAUCUACAAGAUGAACUGUAAGCUCCCUCUUGAGGCAAAUAUUAAAAUGAGUUUUCUAUGUUUAUUUCAUUUACAAAAUAUGCUGUGCUAAUAAUGGAGUGAGACAUGCUUAUUUUGCUAAGUGAUGCACCCAAACUUCAAGUAAGUGGAAUGGACCAUGCAGAUAAACUUGCUCUCAAUACAUCAGAAGUAUGUGUGUUGGAAGCAGUUAUUUUUGUUUCUUUUACCUUUCAUAGGUUGUAAUCUAGUUAAUGCAAUGUAGAUUGUAUUGAAAUUUACAGUGUGCAAAAAUAUUUUACCUUUACGUAAGUGUUUGAUAAAAAUGGACUGUUAUAUUUAUUUUUAUGGUGUUUCAUUUUUCAAUACAUGCUGUUUUGAUUAAAGAAAUUUAUCAUUGUGGUCAACUGAAUUCACAAACACAUAAAUACAUUGCCAUAGAAAAAAGUUUCCUUUCUAGAAAUGGUUCAUCUUUCAGUUCCUCUGCUUUGGAUCAGACAGUGUAUAAGAAAUCUCUUCAGAAAUAAGAAGCUAUUUCAUUAACUGUGGUAUAAAUCCACUCAAAUAUUUCACUUAGAGGCAAGAAUUGUCUAAUUUUAAUUGUGCAAGACAUGUGCCUUACAAUUAUUUUUAGUUUAAAACUCAACAGAUUUUAUAAUAACUUUGUUAAUAAUUGUAUAAAUUAUGUACUCAAUCUAGAACGAAAAUAGUGGCAAACACAAUAUAAAUCAUAUGUCUUCACAUGUUGCCUAUAUAACCACAAAUAGCUCGCUGAGGGUUCUGGAAUCAAUUUGGUUCCUCCUUUGACCACAAAACGAGGGUUAUUUGGGGUUUGGGGAUAAAACUGGAGGCAGAUUGUGGCAUCAUUUGUCUAAGGUUUUUUUCUAGUUCUGUUUAGCCUCUGUCGGCACCUAAAGGGGCUUCACAGUUGGGACCAGGUGAGUGGUCACAUUGGUGUGGAGGUAAGGCCAGCACACUAACAUUUUAGUGAGGAAAGAAGCUGUGAGUUAGUGUGAAAAAUGACUGGAGGGCAUCGAUCAUCGUGUGUUUGUUGAGGGUUUGGCUGGGAAAGUAAACUGGGGCUCCUCUGUCUUAUCCCCUGGUUUCUUCAAUGCCCGUGGCUCCUUCAUCUCAAGAGAGAGUUGUAACUAUCUGGUCUUCACAUGUCCCUGUGCUCCUUUUAACCAAAUAAAAGUUCUUGUUUCUGGAGAA